AUGGCCAACCAGUGGAGAACCCCCUACCCAUACCCGCAGAGCCCAGGGUGCCACCCCGGGCCGAGCUACCAAGAGCUCUCAGCCAUGCAGUAUCGCCCAGACCACCUCUACCCGGCUCCUGCAAUGAUCAACACACAACCACCCCCAUAUGUGCUGCAAGGAGGAGCCCCCAUCGAGGCCCACUGGUACCAGUAUUCCUCGAUGACCUCAUCGAUGACCUGCACGCCUCCAGUUCUGCAGCCGCCGCUGAUGCUCAAUCUGAGCCAACCCCUCUUCAACUCUGUGGACAACUCACAACGUGCCCUGCAGGGUUCUCAGCCCCUGUUCGAGACCCCCGGUCCAAGGAUGGCCACGAGGGAAUGGGGAUCGAAAAUGACCGGGGAGAUGGCAGGCCGAGGAACCUACAACCAACCCCCCAGCAACAUCAGCCCACCUGUCAAUAAGCCCCAGCCAAAGCCAGACCCACCGCAACCAGUGCCAGUGAACGCACAUACACCCCUGCCCCAGACACCAAUGUCCCGAGCUAUCAGAGCUUGGCUGCAGCAGGAUUACAAGGUGUCCCUAAGAGUGAGUAGCCUCCCCCUAGAGUUGCGCCCAGGACUGCGCAAAGUGCGCUGCACCAUCCACAAGGCCCGGGUGAUAGAAAGACGCUGGGCCCUGAAGUCACAGUGCGAGCAGGGCCAACAGGAGAAGGUAAAUCUGCGUGCUCAACUCAACAUCCUGACGAGAGAUAACCGGUUUUGUGGUGUGUUCUCCAUGUCCACAGCGACCGAGGUCUGUUUUAAUGAGCUGGGCUGCUUUGGUGACCUUCCUCCCUGGGGAGGCACUACUCAGAGACCAGCUACCAUCCUACCCUGGCACCCUGACGAGAUUGACACCCGCUUCCUCCUCUUCACCCAAAAGAACCGUUACUACCAGGAGAUCAAGACUGACAAAACCAUCCAGGCAUCAAACUACGGCGGGAUGAGAAAGACGCAGUUCAUCAUUCCUGGUUUUCUGAAAAAAGAAGAUGAGGACUGGCCACAGGAGACGUGUAAGGUUGUGGUGAAGAAGGAGAAUGUGAACUGCAUUGCUGUGGAGUGGAAGAAAGGUGUGAAGACUCAGUAUGCCCAGGCUGCCAAUAAUGCCAGGGUGGUGGCUGCCCAGGUGGCAUUCAUGAUCAAAUUCCUCAUGGACACCUACAAGCAAAAGGCUAAUAAGUUCCAUAUAAUCGGACACAGCCUUGGAGCUCACAUAGCAGGAGACGCUGGUAGCAGGACCACUGGCCUUGCACGCAUCACAGGACUAGACCCAAUUGAACCUUACUUCCAGGACACUGAUACCUCUGUACACCUGGACACCAGCGACGCCGCCUUUGUGGACGUCAUUCACACAGAUGCUCUUCCUUUCAACUCCAAACUUGGUCUGGGGAUGUCACAACCUGUGGGCCAUAGUGACUUCUAUCCGAAUGGAGGAGAACUGAUGCCCGGCUGCUCCGCCAACAAAGGCCGCCCCUCUGACCUGGAUGCUUUCUGGGAGGGUGCCAAGAAGUUUGAUGCCUGCAACCAUGUCCGAGCCUACGAGUACUACAGUGAGAGUGUGGCGAAACCCCAAGGCUUUGUAGGAUUCCCCUGCUCUGACAAGGACAGUUUUGCUGCUGGAAAGUGUUUCCCAUGUGCAGACAAAUGUCCUCUGAUGGGCCACAAUGCUGACAAGUUCACUGUGACUGAUGGCAUUUCAAAGAAGUACUUCCUCAACACGGGCAGAUCAAAGCCCUUUGGCCGUUACAGCUACAGAGUGUUGUUAACCCUGGAUGGUCCUAGCUGGCCUAACCCAGGCGUCAUGUUUGUGACACUUACUGGAGCCCGUGGCAGCACCAAGGAGCACCAGCUUCAUUCGGGUAUACUGAAGCCUGGAAGGACCUAUGAGGUGCUUAUCAACGCUGAAGCGGAUGUAGGUGAUGUGACAGAGGUGAAGUUUCGGUGGAACAACUACAUCCUUAACCCCUUGAAACCCAAGUAUGGUGCAUCCAAGGUGGAGCUUCAGAGAGGAAAAGACAAGCAGAUCUUCUUGUUCUGCGGAACAGAGAAUGUGAUGGAGAAUGCCAUCCAGUCUGUGCUUCCAUGCCCUGCUUAACCUGCCACAAUCAUCAUGUUACUCAGGGUCUUUCAAUAAAGAUUUUGCACUCAGACCUCUUCAGCUA